UCUGGAACACGAUUUCGAAGCGUGCGACAUAUGCACAUUGCGAAGAUCAUUACGAGUAACUUUGAAUUAUAAAUUAUGGACGAGGCUAUCCCAACAACAGAGACAUCGAAAAAAAUAGAGCCGAUAAGCAAGGAUGCCGUUCAUCAUAUUUGCUCCGGGCAGGUCGUUCUGGAUUUAGCCACUGCGAUUAAAGAACUGGUUGAAAAUAGUUUGGACAGCGGUGCCAAAUUGAUUGAGGUUAAAUUGACUGAUCACGGACGGACCUGCGUCAGUGUCAGCGACGACGGGUGUGGAGUACUCGAGGAAGACUUCGAGGGUCUAGGGUUGAAACACCACACUUCAAAGCUGCGAGACUUCUCUGACCUGACCGAGGUUGGAACUUUUGGAUUCAGAGGGGAAGCGCUGAGUUCUUUAUGCGCGUUAUCUGAAUUGAGCAUUGUUACCAGGCACAAGUCUAAGGAACACGGCUACAAGUUGGAAUUUGACAAAAAUGGAUUUUUAAAAAGAAAAGAGGCAUGUGCCAGGGCAGUCGGUACAACUGUAUAUAUCAGAAAUCUUUUCAAAACUCUUCCUGUCCGAGCUAAGGAGUUUCAAAGAAAUUAUAAAAAGGAAUUCUCAAAGGCGAUCCAGGUCCUGUAUGGAUACUGUUUGGUCUCUACUGAUAUCAGGAUAACGUGCAGUAAUGCCAUUUCUGGAAAACAGUCCUCUCAAGUUUUGGGAACUCUUGGUGCAAUCAACGUUCAGGAUAAUAUACUAUCUAUUUUUGGUAAAAAAUCACUUGACGGACUGCUUCAAGUUGAACAAAUUUUACCCGAGGAGUCUGUACUUCAAGAAUAUGGACUACCUUCUGACGUCGUUGAAAAGUCAAAAAGCAAUUUCUCCUGGGAAUGUUAUGUGUCGAGCUGCGAUCAUUCCAUGGGUCGUUCCGCUCCGGACAGACAAUUUUUUUAUGUUAACGGUCGUCCGUGCGAUCCUGUAAAAGUAUCAAGGCUUUUUAAUCAUGUUUAUCACAAGUACAAUGCCAAACAAUAUCCAUUUGUAUUUUUGAACUUAAAUCUGAAGAGAGAUUGCGCAGAUGUUAAUGUCACUCCUGACAAAAGAACCAUAUUUUUGAUACAAGAGUCAUUAAUUUUGGCCAGUCUUAAAUCGAGCCUUCUUCAAACUUGGGAAAAGACCCUGGGAAAUUUGACUGCUGCUAAGCUAGUGGAACCUAAUUUUGCCUUUAAGAGAACCUCAUCUUCCACCGACAACAAUGAACCACCAGCUAAGAGGCAGCAGCGUAUUCCGGAAAAUACUGAAAUUAAUAGUCAAGAAGAUAGUAAGAAUCUUGUAUCCUGUCGUACAGAAAUAAGUGAGACAAGAAAAAAUCCACCACGACUCGGGUACUCGACUAAGUCAACUACAAUAACUAUGGAAAUUAAUCUUGAUUUGAUAAAGCAGGCUCUUGUCGCCUGUAACGCACGUCAAGGAAUGAAUGGUCAAAAUCUAGCAAGAAAAGUGAAAUUUAGAACAAAGAUAGAACCAAAUCUGUGUAAAGAUGCAGAGCAGGAAUUACGCCGAGAAUUGACAAAAGACUCCUUUGAUAAGAUGGAGAUCGUGGGACAGUUUAAUCUUGGCUUUAUCGUCGCUCGGCUUGACGAUGACUUAUUUAUCGUGGACCAGCACGCCACCGACGAAAAGUACCGUUUCGAAAAAUUGCAAGCAGAAACAAAGCUUCGUACUCAAAAGUUGAUCGCCCCUCAACGACUAAAUCUUGCCGUACUCAACGAAACCAUACUCAUCGAGCACCAACAAACGUUUAUUGACAAUGGAUUCACGUUGAAAAUAAAUGAUCAGGGAGAGCCGGGUCAUCGUGUGGAGGUGACGGGAAUUCCGGUCAGUGGAAAUUGGCAAUUUGGUCAAGAAGACAUAGAGGAGCUGGUAUUUCUGAUAAGGGAAGGAGGGAGUGAUGACAGUAUCGAUUGCGGAGAUGGAAUACCUCGUCCAAGUCGAGUGCGGCAGAUGCUUGCCUCACGAGCUUGUCGCGGGGCUGUUAUGGUCGGAAAAGCAUUGAACGAUGUCGAUAUGCGUCGCCUUAUGACGCAGAUGGGUCAAAUAAAGAAUCCUUGGAGUUGUCCGCAUGGGAGGCCUACGAUCAGACAUUUAUUGUGCCUCUCGCUGCUAUCGCGUUGACCCUUUACUUGCAUUCGCUAUAAAGCAUGUUGUUGACAGCAAUUUCUAUGAUGAUAAUAAAAUCUUUUGCUCGUUUUC